UAAUGGAGGAACAAAACAAUCAACUCUUUGAAAUAAUCAGAUGUCUGGUGGUAGAUGUUGAUGUCACUUGUCUUCUCAUUACUGCUACUUUUCUCAAGAAAUCCAAAUUUGAAGUUGUGACAGUGAAGAGCGCAAAAGAUGCUUUGGGUGUUCUUCGUGGCAGUGGCCUCUCAUUUGAUCUUGUGGUCACAGAAGUCCACAUGCCCAAAAUGAAUGGCUUUCAACUUCAACAAGAAAUAGCCAAAGAAUUUAUCAUUCCUGUUGCUUUUUUAUCAGCCGAUGAAAAAGAAAGUACAAUUAUGAAAGGGCUUGAGAGUGGAGUUAUUUUGUUUAUGGGGAAGCCCAUAUCACAGAACAAUAUUAAUUAUUUGUGGAAUUAUGCUACUGUGGGAAAGAAUCAUAAAGGCAAACAUGUUAUUAAUCAACAGAAUCAAGACAAUACCAAUGAAAGAAUCCCCCAUGAAGUAAUUCAUAUUGAAUCUUCAUCGUCGAACAGUGAGAGGGACAAGUCCAUGAGAAAAUGUGAAGAGACUGAAAGCGAACAGAGUUCAUCUCCACCGUCAAAGAAGAGUAGAGUUGUUUGGACAGAUCCCCUUCAUGACAAAUUCGUGGAAGUCGUUUCAAAACUUGGCAUGAAGAGUAAGUCUUCUCACUAA